GCAACUGGGACCUGUUGGGAGGGUUUAAAUGGAGAUUGCAAGCGUCAAUCAAUGGCAAUUUCCUCUUUCACUGGAGCAUAAACGGAGUCUGCGCCGACAAGCAAUCAGUGCGAGCGCAGGAGACCUGGGUGGUGAAGGAAAGGAGACGCGGAAAGCAGUUUAACUGAACAGCAGCAGAAUGCAGUACCUGGCAAUUGGAUUAUUAGUACUAAACCAUUUCUUGGUUAAAGCCUCUAUCAUCCCAUUCGAAGAGCUGGAAAAUGGAGGCCGCCAUUGGGUUGUACUUGUUGCUGGCUCCAGUGGCUGGUAUAACUACAGACAUCAGGCAGAUAUAUGCCACGCCUACCAGAUUGUCCACACACAUGGUAUUCCAGAUGAGCGAAUUAUUGUCAUGAUGUAUGAUGACCUGGCCCAGAGUGAUGAGAACCCUACACCAGGUAUUAUUAUUAAUAAACCCCAUGGCACAGAUGUAUACAAAGGUGUGGUCAAGGAUUACAUUCAAGAGAAUGUGACCCCAGAAGUAUUUUUGGCUGUCCUCCGAGGAGAUGAAGAAGCUGUAAGAGGAAAAGGUUCUGGCAAGGUUUUGAAGAGUGGCCCUAAAGAUCACGUAUUUGUUUAUUUUGCUGAUCAUGGAGCAGAUGGAAUAUUGGCAUUUCCCAAUGAUGAUCUUCAUGUGGCUGACCUGCAGAGGACCAUCCAAUACAUGUACAGGCAUAAGAAAUAUGCUAAGAUGGUGUUUUACAUUGAAGCUUGUGAGUCAGGAUCAAUGAUGGUGGACCUGCCAGAAGACAUUAAUGUGUUUGCCACUACUGCUGCCAAUCCAGAGGAGUCCUCUUACGCUUGUUAUUAUGAUGAACUUAGAAACACCUACUUGGGUGAUGUAUACAGUGUUGUGUGGAUGGAAGACUCUGAUGCGGAGGACCUGAGGAAAGAAACAUUGCAUUAUCAGUUCAAACUUGUAAAGAAGAGGACCAACACGAGCCAUGUGCAAGAGUAUGGAAACAUGACAGUGUCCCACAUGAAACUGAGUGCAUUUCAGGGCGCGAAGAGGGGACCCCCCAAAAUGAAGCCUCCAACUGACAUUGUAGAUGCAGUGCCAAGCCCUGACGUUGUUCUUGCCACUCUUAAACGCAAGUACAUGGCAACCAACAGCAUUGAGGUGGCUCAGAAGGUUCUGGCAGAAAUCAGUGAGCAUCUGCAGAGAAAAAGAAUAAUUCAGGAGUCCAUGAGGAAGAUAGUUUCCAUUGUUACAGGAUCUGAGGAACGAACAGAACGGAUUCUAAAUUCUCGAAAUCGUAUCUACAAUCACACAUGCUAUCAAGCUGCAAAUUACUAUUUCAAAACCCGCUGCUUCAACUGGCACUCGAUACUUAAUGAGUAUGCACUGAGACAACUUUAUGCUUUAGUCAAUCUUUGUGAAGAAGGUUUCUCAAUAAACAGUAUUCUUCACGCCAUGGAUAAAGUAUGCCUUGUGAGGAGUUAAAAUGCACUGGACUGAACAUGCAGAAAAUUUUAUUCUAUUUUGAUUUGGAGCUUCAAGGAUUAGAAAUGAUGGAACAGAUCUGUUAAUUCGCUGUGGAACACCAUUCUCUUAUAAUAUUGCUUCUUUUCAUAAAUCUUGAUUUUCAUACUAUUUCUGCACAAAGUUUACUCAGAUUGCCUUACCGAUGGGAAAUUAAUUUUCUGCGAUUAUGCACCUUGGUUAGCCAAAGAUGGAUUCCCUUGAUCGUUUUAAUGCUCGUUGUAUGUAACCGGGGAAAGCACUAAUAACCACUAUGUUAAUGUUACUGUCCUCAAAAUACAUGUAUGCAUAAAAACAAUGUAUAAACCAAUGAACUGAGAAAAAACCUUCCUCACGUCCAUUGAAGAUAUUUGAUAUGACCAGAGUGAAAAUGUUGACAAUUGCAUACAUUCCUACCUCUAACAGGAUUAUUAAAUGCAAUUUGAAUAAAGUUGCCUGGUAGUUCCGC